GUCCUGCGCACUGGCCCCGGCUUCCCCUCGGAGCGUCAGUGUCAUGACAACAGCAGCAGAGAAAUGUGAUUUGUGUCUGAGGCUCAAACUCUGCGGCCGCUUCUCUGACGUGGAGGAGAGAACCCGCUCCGGGAACCGACCGGGAGCCGACCGGGAGCCGCUCGGUGCUCAGCGGGGAGCCGGAGACCCACCGGAGACACACACCGACCCACACCGACACCUCUGCCCGCCGGAGAGCCGCCCCGGUGCCCAGAGGCAGCAUGUCUCUGUUCAAAGCCCGCGAUUGGUGGUCGGCAGCUCUUGGCGAGGGCGAGGAGUUCGACCAGGGAUGCCUGUGUGUCGGAGACGUGGACAACAGCGGCAGCGGACAUGACAAACUUGUGGUGGGCAGCUACAUGGGAAUGCUGCGCAUCUUCUUCCCACAUGUCAGUAAGUCCAGUGAGGCAGGUGUGGCUGACGCCCAGCUUCUGGAGGUCCAGCUUCAGAACGCCAUCAUCCAGGUGGAAGUGGGCAAGUUCGUCUCGUGUUCGGAGCUUCUUCACCUGGCUGUUCUCCACCCCAGGAAACUGUCCGUCUACUCUGUGUCAGGCACCGCAGGGAACGUGGAGCACGGUGACCAGUACCAGUUGAAGCUGGUUUAUGAACACAACCUGAAGAGAACGGCCUGCAACAUGACUUACGGCGCCUUCGGAGGAGUUACAGGGCACCACUCCCUGUGCAUCCAGUCGAUGGACGGGAUGCUGAUGUUCUUCGAGCAGGACAGUUACUCCUUCGGCAGAUUCCUCCCUGGCUUCUUGCUGCCCGGUCCUCUGGUCUACAACAGCAGGACAGACGGCUUCCUGACCGUGUCCUCCGCACGCCAGCUGGAAAGCUACAAGUACGAGACUCUGGCCGUGGCCACAGAGGCGGAGAGUCGACAGGAUCCUGACCAGCCCGUCAAGACUGGAGGCAAGAGGCUGACACCUGACUGGACGUUUGUCCUGGGAGAACAGGCCCUCGACCUCUCUGUGCCCUCCUUCUCCCACUCCUCUUCAUCGAUCUUCGUCCUGGGUGAGAGGAACCUCUACUGUCUCCGAGACAACGGCCAGAUUCGCUUCAUGAAGAAGCUGGAGUUCAGCUCCAGCUGCUUCCUCCCCUACGCCUCAGUGACGGAGGGCAUGACCAACCUGUUGCUAGGUAACCACACCAACAUGCUGCUGGUUUACCAGGAUGUGACUCUGAAGUGGGCGGCCCAGCUCCCCUUUGUGCCCGUGGCCGUUCGCAUCGCCAACUUCCCGGAGUUGAAGGGAGUGGUGGUCAGUCUGAGUUCAGACGGUCACCUCCUGUGCUCGUACAUGGGCACAGACCCCUCCUUCUUUUCCACGCCCAAGGUGGACGCCCGGGAGGCCGACUACGAGCAGGUGGACGCUGAGAUGAAGAAGCUCCAGAAGUUCAUCAGAGAUGCCACAAGGACUCAGGACAUCCUCCCUAAACCUGAUGCUGAGGAGGAGCUGACUAUGAAAGCUUCUGUGUCCUCCAGUGUGGACAGUCCAUCGCAAGCUCUGACUCAAGAUAUCGACGGUGUGCCCGUCCCCUCAGUAACCAUACAGGUGAAGGUGAAGGCCUGUAGUGUUGUGUCGUCCUGUAAACUGAGUGUUGCCGUUCAGCCUCCUCUGGCCGUCACCCAGGACCAGUUUGCCCUCGAGCCGAUGGGUGUCGGUUCCUCCACCGUUGUUAAGUUUUCGGCUUUCCUCAAUGGCCGCUACCCCCCCGCUGACCUUACCGGAGACAUCACUGUGUCCUACAGCUCGCCAACAGGAGUUCCCAGGGUUCUCCAGUCCAGGUUCAGUCUUCCUCUGCUGUUGGUGUGUGUUCCUUCCUCUCCGGCCAAAACCACCAAGUUUAAGAUCACCGUGGAUACCAACCAGCCGCCGGUCGACCUCAACGCCAUCUUCCCGGAGUUUUCAGAGAAAUCGGAAGAUAAGGACGGGAAUACUUUGGCUUUCCAGUUCCUGUCGGGAGCCAAAGUUACUGUGGUCGCCUCCAGGACCUCCCAGCGUUACCGUAUCCAGAGCGACAGCUUUGAGGACAUGUGGCUGGUGGUGAAAGAGCUGGUUCAGAGGUUCGAUGGACAUUUCACCGAACUGGGAGUCAAGGACUUCAAGAAGAGCUUCAGUGGACCGUUACCGCUGCAGGAGUACUUCCUGUCAGUCGACCACCACUUCCAGGUGCGUCUCAGUGCUCAGCAGUACCAGGACCUGCUGUCGGAGCGAGCGGUCCAGUUCAGAGCCAUCCAGCGCCGCCUGCUGACUCGAUUCAAGGACAAAACCCCGGCACCUCUGCAGAACCUUGACACACUGCUGGACGCCACUUACAGCCAGGUGAUGACGCUAGCGGAGGCGGCCGAGGAGAACCGGGCUCUGCUGGAGGAGGCGUUCGUCCGCCUGCGGAGCGCCACCCACCUGUUGGUGCUGCUGCUGUCGCUGUGGCACGGCCUGACCCCCGACCAGACGGCCAUCCUGGAGGCCACGCUGCUGCCGCUGCUGCAGGACUCCCCACAGCUGGGCUGGGAGGAGAGCUGCGACGCCGCCGUCUCCCACCUCCUGCGGAGCUGCUUGUCGCGGAGCUCCAAGGACCAGGCCACAUCUCUGGCCCAGAUGGGAGGCCCCCUGCUGAGCCUGCCCCGGGACACCGCCCGCCUCAAGAAGCACAUCACGCUGCUGUGCGAUCGCAUCGGCAAGGGAGGCCGUCUCACCCUGGCCUCCGAGGCCAACGCCCCAGUCCCCGCCCAGGUCCAGAACCUGGCUGCUCCUGGAGGUGUUGAGCCCAUUGCAGAGGGGCCUGGCGGGGGGGAGGAGCUGGAACUUCAACAAGAGGCCACCAAGUUCAUCAAGAAGAAACAGCCGUCGAAGAAAGUCAAGAAAGACAAAGACUCUAAAGAGAAGAAAGAAGUGUCCAAGGAGCCGUCAGCGUCCACCGUGACGGAGGAAGCGGGAGGAGCAGAGGAGCCCGUCAAGGAGGCGAAAAAGGAAAAGAAGGAGUCGUCCAAGGAGAAGAAGGAGUCGAAGAAGGAGUCGAGCAAAGAGGCCAAAGAGCCCAAAGAGCCCAAAGAGCCCAAAGAGGAGGCGAAGAAAGAGUCGAAGAAGGAAUCUUCAUCCUCCAAGGAGAAGAAGGAGUCUUCCAAGGAGAAGAAGGACAAAGACAAGGAAGGGAAGGAGGCUGGCAAGGAAUCAGGGGACAAGAAAGUGCCCAGGAAGUCUUCUGUAAAAGUGAAAGAGAAGAAGAAGGAGCCAGAGGUGGAGGACGGCUGAGAGAAUUAGAGCAGUGAGCUCACAUGACGUGAAUAAACAACACAGAUACACGUCCAAACAUCAUACAGAUAUAUAUACAUACGUGUGUAUACAGUACACGCAAACAUAUACAAGGUCACAGAACUCAACAACACACACAUGCACAUAUGAAGUGUAAACAUAUAUUUACAUGUAAAUAUCUUCAGUCAAGGCCACAUAUCUCAGCAGCGAAGCAAUUUCCUCCCAGACGCAUAUUUACAGUAAUAACUGAUCCCCAGACACACACACACACACACACACACACACACACACACACACACACACACACACACACACACACACACACACACUCUGCUGGACCACACCACAUCCAGUAGUUUUGGUGUGUGGGCAUCGACUGACUGUGGUGAGGUCUGAGCUCAGGGAGAGCGAGGACGAAGGCGAAACCCUCCUCCUCCUCCUCCUCCUCCUCCUCGGACAUUUUGCUGACUCUCUCCUUCCUCCCUCCUCCUCGUCUUCUGCGUCGCGCUCCGGCAGCAGUCGAACCCGCAGCCCUGCGCCUCCUCUAAUCCCUGUCAGGCCCCAAACCACCCCCGCCCACGCUCGCUCCUGGAUGUGAUGUCAGACCCGCCCUCUCGCCCUCUCGCCAGAGCCUCCCCCGCCUCACCGCUAAGAAUAAACGCCCGCCGCGUCCAGCUGCCCGGCAGCUUCCGGGUAAAUCGAGGCCACAUCCUGCAGCCACCUCCACCACCCCCCCACUCUGAAGUCUGCCAGUCAGUUUGUGUUUUCUUUAUUCUUUAUUAUCUGGGACACUCAAGGACACGCGGCUGCUGAUGGACACAAACUUGCAGCUGCGGGGUCAAAACCUGAGACUGUUUUCGUGCGGUGGAAACCAACAGGGCGUUUUCUGGAAAAAACACGGUGGCAAUCAGGAGCGGAGAAGAAUCCACGGGGCCGGUUCAACACCCGGCGUCUCUUCUGCUCAUCUUCUACAACCUGAUGAAGUGGAGGCUUGUGUUGUCUGUGAUAUUAGAGGAAUAUUUAACCAGCACCGAAAGAUUUGGUUUGAAACGAUUUGUCAGCGUAAAACAAACAUCAUGUCGGAGGAGGAACUGAGUCUCUGCAGGUUCUAGAAUAAACUGCCCUCAGGGUAGAAUAAUGUUAAAGGAGACGUUUGACGUUUUGUUUUGUGAAUCUAAAAGUCAAUGGAAGCAAUCAAUCAAUCAAUCAAUCAAUCAAUCAAUCAAUCAAUCAAUCAAUCAGAUUGCUGCACCAAUGAGGAAAGGGAUGUUUUCUGAACAUUAGAUCAUGUAAACAACUCCAAGUAAUUAAACUGAACCUGAAUAUGAGCGGAAACGUCUCCUUUAACAGUUUUUGAAUAUUGAUUUAAUUCACUUUCUGUUUCAGUUCUUGUGUUUAGACUAAAUAUGAUUUGUAGAAGAAGAGUGUCGGCCCUUGACGUCCAAAGAUGGACGUCAUGAAAGACGUGUAGUUUGGACAGAAGGUCGGGUUCGAGACACAAACCUGGUUUUCAGAUGUGUCCUUUAGUUCCUCUGACCUUUGACCCUGAUCUAGUUUGACUGUAUUUCUUUUAUUUCUCUUUUUGUGUUUUAGAAUUUAAAUAUUUGGGACUUUUACCACGAGAAAAAAUAAACCUGAACCAGCAUCAUCCUUCCAGAGGUCCCCCCCCCCCGAACACUGUACAUCUCCACUGUUCCACGAUGCGUUGGAUGUAGUAGAGAGCAGGUUUUGUACUGUUGUGUUAGAUGUUCAGAUGUUCCAGCCUCCUUGGAUUCUCCUUUUGAGGCCAAUCUUCAUCCCAACAGGAGAAACUCUGCUCUUCAAUCCCACUGAGGACUUUGUCAGACGUCUGCAGCCUGAAGAGAAUCAAACCGAGGACUUUGAGAACGAAAUAAACGUUAUUUAUGAAAUAUUUAGUAAUAAAAUGAUCGACUGUAAGUAAUCAAA